AUGUGGAGUCUAAAGGCGAUAGAACGUGCGCUGCCUGCCAUUCAAAGUGCACGCGUGGCUUUCGCAAGCUCAGCUGCAUCUUGCCCUCCUUUCGAAGCUGUGCGUCUUAACAAUUUGCGCGACAACGAUGGGGCGCACAAACGUGGAAAGCGUCUGGGUCGCGGUAUCGGCUCAGGCAAAGGCAAAACCUCAGGUCGUGGACAUAAGGGACAGAAAGCGCGCUCAGGCGGUAGCUCUGGUCGCGGACCCGGAUUUGAGGGUGGUCAAACGCCGCUGUAUCAGCGCGUGCCUAAGCGUGGCUUUAAUAAUAAGUUUGCGACACCAAUGGAGACUGUCAACCUGGACAAGCUGCAGCUUUGGGUGGAUAUGGGUCGCAUUGACGCAAACAAAAAAAUCACGAUGAAGAGUCUCGUUGACUCAGGACUUGUGACGUGCUCUCGUGUCAAGCAUGGCAUUAAACUAUUGGGUAACGGAAGUCAGUAUUUUACGACGAAACUGGACAUUGAAGUUUCCCAGGCCUCUAAAUCAGCAAUCGAAGCCGUCGAGGCCAAUGGUGGCAGUAUCGUAUCCGUCUACUAUAAUCGUUUGGCUCUACGUGCACUGCUUAAACCGCACAAAUUUGAGACGCUUCCACAGUCAGCGCGUCCAAAUCCUAAGAAGCUCACGUACUACACCAAUUAUGAAAAGCGUGGAUAUUUGUCGCCAGAAAUUCAGGCCAGGAAGGCGCUUGCACACAUUAGCAACUCGAAAUAG